CGAAUAACGUGGCAAGCGUAAUUUUUGAGAGAACAGUCACAACACGAAGCUAGGCACUGCAACAACGUCAUAAUUAUAUACUAAUCUUAUCUCGGUAAAAAAAAGCCAUGGACGAGUCUACGUUGGUGUUGGUGCAAGUAGUUUUUAGGCAUGGUAUUCGCGCCCCUGAUCAUUUGGUUAGUUAUCCCGGUGAUCCCUAUCAAAAUGUCAAAUUUGAACCUUUUGGGCGUGGCCAACUUACAAAGAAUGGUCGUAAGCAAUGUUAUGAAUUUGGUAAGGAACUACGUGAUCGUUAUAAUAGCUUCUUAGGGGCUGAAUAUUAUGACUCCCUGUUGGAAGCGCAUAGUUCCGAAGUUGGACGGGCUAGAACUACCCUACAAUUGGUCCUAGCCGGACUAUUUCCUCCAACUAAAACUACUAGAAUAACCGAGGAUCUAAACUGGCAUCCUAUUCCAUUCAAUUAUCAACGUAUAACGAAAGAUCCCCUGUUCGGACCUAUGAUUCUGCAGGUCACUAACAACAAAAAUCAUUCGGAAUUCAAAAAGUCCCAAAACAGCAUCGAAGUAGUAAAACAUGUUGAAGGCAAACUCAAUUGGAAAAUUGACCAUGCCUCUCAAUUAACAAUGAUUUAUGAUAUCAUCAAGAGUCAGUUAGAUUUAGGGCUAGAGCUCCCUGAAUGGAUUGCGGAUAUCUAUCCCAAAAAGAUUGAACAAGAAAUUUCCACCUAUUUGACUGAGAAUAUGGCGCGUAAAGAUUAUUUAAAAGAUGGUAUAGGAUAUUUAAUGCAAAAGAUUCUUUCCGAAAUGGAGGCAAAAGUAGAAAACUUAAAAGGUGACUCACCUAAGAUUAUUUUAUACUCCGGACAUGAUAUAAACGUCGUUGCUCUGAUGCAAAUCUUGAAGUUUCCUGAACUGAUUUGGCCGUUGUACAUUGGAAGCCUAACGUUCGAACUACACAAAGUCAACGAUGAGUUCUAUGUGAAAAUAAUUUUCAUCGACGGAUACUUGCACGAGUCUGAAAAAGAGGAACGCAUAUUGAAUUUACAAACUUUGAAAGUAUUAAACAGUGACGAUGAAGCUUGGAAGUUGCCACAGCUUCGCAAGCACGUUGAAAUGUAUUUAAAAUAGUAAACAUACAGGUUAGUUUUAGUUAGUUUUUGUAUUAUGUAGCAUACUCAUUGUAAGCGCCCAAGUUUUAACAAUGAAUUUAUUUAAAACGUAACAAUUUCGGUACAAUAUUAUGACUAGAUCAUCGUAAUCAUAUAAACUAACAGCUUCCGACAUAACUGGCAAUAAAUACGACACAACAUCAAUGUGAAAAUUGAACACGCAAACCCAUCAGUCGACAAUCAUGGGUGUGGCAAAACAGAACUUAAAACUUAUGUGCCUACAAUGAUUACUAUUAGUUUAGAACCUUUUUAGAUCAUGUCCAGAGUGUAUUUUAAAUUAGUUAUUGCUUCUGAUGCUAUUGCAUAUAUUGACUGUCCUAUGAGUUGUAAUUUGUACCUACACUGCACUUCUUUAAAAGUAUCUAAAUAGAUAGUAAGGUCACCAGUCUA